AGAAUUUUUAAAAUCCUGUGACUUUAUUAAGGUAUUUGUUCUAGUGGAAUUAGCAUCAGUUCCUAGAUUAUGUUUUUCUAUUUCCAGGAGAUAGAACUUCCAUAGUUCCAUUAUUGCUGACUUCUUUUGUUCAGGCCAGUAGCCAGUGGCAGAAAGUUCAGGACCGCUUGGAAAUUGAUGAAAGAUGCUCCCACCUUGAGAAAAUCGAUCGCUUGGAGAUUUUCCAGGAAUAUAUACGUGAUUUAGAGAGCGAAGAGGAGGAGCAAAGGAAACUGCGGAUGAUUAAAGAUUUUGCUGCAUAUCUAGCUGUCUCAUCAAAUACUUCAGGAUCAAUAGUAAAAGACUUAUUUACAGAUGUUAUGGAUGAGCUGGAGAAACAGUAUCUUGAUGACAAGUCACAAAUUAAAGAUGCAGUUAGGAUGGCCGAGAUUGGAUUGACAUUAGCCUGGACGCUUGAUGAUUUUAAGGUUGCAAUCGCCAAGUAUAUUAGCUCCCCACCAAUGUCAGAUACCAACUUAAAGGUCUAAUUAUGGCUAAGCAUUGUAUAUUGUUUCACAUCGACCCAUGUUGAAUUGAAUGUUGUGAAAAUUGAAGUACCCCAUUCACUAAAUGGAUUUCUAUGUAUUUGUCCCCUUUUUGUCUUUGGGACAGGUCCUGCAUAAGAUGAGUGGAUUGAGUGCAAAAGCAUUAGUAGUACUUCCAUGUUAUGUUUCACUGGAAGUCGGUCAGUUUGUGAUUGCUAAAUUGGCAACUCGUA